AUGGAUGGCCUUUCGGGCGCAGCAAGCGUCAUCGCAGUAAUCGACAUAUCCGCCAAGAUUGCGUCGCUAUGCGUCCAGUACUCUAUGGCCGUAAACGACGCGAAGGGCGAUAUCGAGCGUGUGCGGAGAAAAGUUAGCGACAUCAACCAUGUGCUGAAGAAGAUUAAGCAGCUUCUCGACAGCCAGGACAAGACGCGGCUCUCUGCCACCCAAGGGCUGCUGGACUCGGUCGAACAAUGCCUGAACGAGCUGAAAACCCUAGACAUGAGGCUAGAACCGGGAAAGACCCGCAAGACUAUGAGCCGGUUUGGUUUACGUGCGCUCAAAUGGCCGUUUACGAGCAAGCAGGUGGACAAGAUUAUCUCGAGCUUGGAAGGAUACGAACAGACCUUUGGCUUAGCGCUACAGGUUGAUCAGACGGCUGUUGUGUUCAGCAUAGACCAGAAACUAGACCUAGCUAAACUACCCAUCGCCCAAGGAGCGUCCUACGACUCACACACGGAGGAACACAACGCGCGAUGCCUACCAAACACCCGCACCGCACUGCUGCAUGACAUCGCAAAAUGGGCACAAGAUAAGGAUAGCAAGUCUAUAUUCUGGCUUAGUGGCAUGGCUGGCACAGGAAAGUCCACAAUUGCGCGGACUAUUGCCGAAUCAUUUGCUAGGCGCGGCCAGCUAGGAGCAAGCUUCUUCUUCAAGAAAGGUGAGGGCGAGCGUGGCAACGCGUCACGGUUCUUUGCUACCAUCGCCACGGACCUAGUCGCCUGCGAGCCAGGGAUGCUGCCUGGUAUUAAGAAGACGCUCGACGAGGACCCGGCUAUCUCACACAAAGCUCUAAAAGACCAGUUCGAGAAGCUUAUUCUACAGCCACUUCUAGGGAUAAAGCAGACUCACUCGCGGGCCUUGGUGCGAGUUGUCGUGAUCGACGCGCUAGACGAAUGUGAACAAGAACCAGACGUUCGAGCGAUCCUUCAGCUGCUCGCUCAGACGAAGGACAUUCGCCCAGUGCCGCUACGGAUCGUGGUCACCAGUCGGCCAGAGCUCCACAUCCGCCUAGGCUUCAAGGAAAUGCCAAACGGCACAUACCAAGACCUAGUGCUCCACGAAGUACCAAGGAGCACGAUCGAGCAUGACAUCCGUCUGUUCCUAGAGCAUAAGCUUAGUAUAAUACGAAAAGAACGCAUGCUAGCCUCAGACUGGCCAGCUCAACAGCAUAUCAUAGCGCUAGUUGAGUUAGCUGUGCCGUUGUUCAUCUACGCUGCCACUGUGUGUCGGUAUAUUGGCAGUAAAGGAGGCGACCCCGAAGUGUACCUGAACAAGGUCUUGCAGUAUCCAAAAACAGCUUUUUCACAGCUCGACCGAACCUACCUUCCCGUCCUGGACCAGUUGCUUGUUGAGCAGGAAGAAAGAGAUAGAGAAGAGUGGCUGCGCAUCUUCCGUGAACUCGUAGGUAGCAUAGUCAUCUUAGCAAGUCCACUUCCUGUCGGCCCCCUUGCGCGCCUCCUUCAAGUUCCAAAGAAACAAGUCGAAUGCCGGUUAGAUGCCUUGCACUCCGUUCUUAGUAUUCCUGACAGGGAGGACGUUCCUAUCAGGCUACUGCACCUGUCCUUUCGCGAGUUCCUCCUCGACCCCCAAAAGCAAGGAAAGAACCCGUUCUGGGUGGAUGAGAAAAGGACACACCAGAAGCUUGCAUCUCGCUGCCUCGAGCUUAUGUCUGGAUCUGGCGGUCUUCAUCAGGACAUGUGCGGCCUUCUAGGCCCUGGAGUACUAAGGAGUGAGGUAGAUGAGCAGACAGUUGCUACUAGGCUGCCACCUGACCUACAGUAUGCGUGUCGCUACUGGGUUAACCAUCUCAAGCAGAGCCAAGUGCCAGAAAAGGUGGAGAUGCUAUCUAAGAAAGACGUAGACUGGGAUGCGUGUCGUAGCACGCUCGAGGGCCAUUCCUCUAGUGUCACCGCGGUAGCCUUCUCGCCAGACGGGCAGCUAGUCGCGUCAGCAUCUGAUGACAACACAACAGUACGGCUAUGGGAGGCGGCGACAGGGACGUGUCGCAGCACGCUCGAGGGCCAUUCCUCUAGUGUCACCGCGGUAGCCUUCUCGCCAGACGGGCAGCUAGUCGCGUCAGCAUCUGAUGACAACACAGUACGGCUAUGGGAGGCGGCGACAGGGACGUGUCGCAGCACGCUCGAGGGCCAUUCCGACUAUGUCACCGCGGUAGCCUUCUCGCUAGACGGGCAGCUAGUCGCGUCAGCAUCUGAUGACAACACAGUACGGCUAUGGGAGGCGGCGACAGGGACGUGUCGCAGCACGCUCGAGGGCCAUUCCUCUAGUGUCACCGCGGUAGCCUUCUCGCCAGACGGUCAGCUGGUCGCGUCAGCAUCUGGGGACAAGACAGUACGGCUGUGGGAGACGGCGACAGGGACGUGUCGCAGCACGCUCGAGGGCCAUUCCGACUAUGUCUGGGCGGUAGCCUUCUCGCCAGACGGGCAGCUAGUCGCGUCAGCAUCUUCAGACAAGACAGUACGGCUGUGGGAGACGGCGACAGGGACGUGUCGCAGCACGCUCGAGGGCCAUUCCGACUAUGUCUGGGCGGUAGCCUUCUCGCCAGACGGGCAGCUAGUCGCGUCAGCAUCUUCAGACAAGACAGUACGGCUGUGGGAGGCGGCGACAGGGACGUGUCGCAGCACGCUUAAAAGCUUUUCUGAGUACAUCACUUAUAUCAAUUUCUCACCAAAUGGCCAGGUACUACACACAAACAAAGGCGAUAUUCCUUUGCCUCAAGCCUCUGUUGGUACAUCGCUCUUGAGGCCGACGCAGCAGUCAUCGUACAUUCUAGUGCCGAAACAGUGGAUAUUACGCAACCAACAACGUUACUUAUGGCUUCCUCCAGAGUAUCGAUCAAACUCAACCACAGUACGCGAGGAUAGAGCUUGUCUGGGGCUUGCAUCUGGUCAUGUGGUUCUGCUUAGGAUUCUCUAG